AUGGCCGCGCAAACAGUUGCUGCAGCAUUCAUCGAUGGCUGCGUAGCACGCUUUGGCAUAUCUGUCGUUAUUACUACUGAUCAAAGCAAACAAUUCGGGGCUAGUCUUUUUCAAGCACUUUCAAAAUUCCUGGACAGCAAGAAGACAAGAACGUCUCUUUAUCACUCAGGCCUGAUUGAAAGAUGGCACUGCACCCUCAAAACUUCCAUAACCUGUCACGAAGACGGGAGACAAUGGCUCGACCUAUUGCCUACAGUACUGCUAAGACUUCUCACAUGUCUGAAAGAAGAUCUGAAAUGCUUUCCAGCUGAGUUAGUCUACGGCGCACCGCUGAGAGUACCCGGAGAAUUUCUAGAAAACUUAGAUCCCACAGAAGACACGGAGACCUUCGUCAUAGCCCUUCGUAAACGUAUACAACUCCGUCCACAACUAAAGCAACACCACGGAAAACGGACAGCCUUUCGACAACAGCAACUAGAACAAGCUACACACGUUUUCGUCAGGGAAGAUAGCAUCCGAAAAUCACUCCAACAUCCUUACACCGGACCACACAAAGUGAUAUGUAGGGAAAACGAACAGAUUUACGUAAUCCAUAUAAAUGGCCGUGAUGUUGUCUUAUUAACAGAAAGAUUGAAACCCGCCUUUUUACCCAACGCAAAUGAAGUGUCGGAAUUGCCAUAA